GAUAUGAAGCGGGCCUUUUUCAGUUGCUUUGGCCGCCAUUAUGGGAAACGAUUUCAUGCGAAGACGAAAAGUAACGUUUGUUGUUGAUGGCCGUACAGACGAGGGUUACUCGGUUGUUUACAAUAUAAUUUUUAAAUUAAUAUUGAUGUUUUAUUAGUUUUUUUCAAUACUCUUUGUCAAUUGCUCUUAUUAUGUAUACGGAAUGAAAAUAAUGUGGCCAAUACGGUUAGAAAUUCGAAGUUUGAGCGGGCUCCAGUGUCGAGGUUGAUCUUGUUUUGCGGCUUGCGGCCGGGAAGGGCCAGGCUACACGGGACGGGACUGGCUUUGUGGAUCAAGUUGAAUCGGACGUCACCAGCAGAUGUGUGUGUGUGUGUAGAAGAGCAUGGAGCAACAGACAGUGACCAUGAUGUCUGAGGAGGAGACCCCGGAGGUGGGGCCUAAUGACAUCGUUAUUCAUUUGGUCAACCCCUACAAGUGUGGACAGUGUGAGCUAGAGUUUCUGGAGAAGACAGUUUUCAAGGAACACAUGUUUUCCCAUCUGGAGCAAAUCAAACAAGAACGUCCAAGUUCUCAGAUUGUCAUGAACAUCACACUGCCACCGGAAACACCGGGUGGGGUCACUGUGACCAGAGAUAUCUUACAGCUGGGAGAAGAUGGCUCCAUCAAGCAAGUUUUGCAGCCGGCCAACAACAUCACACUGAACCAGGUGUCCCCCCUGAGGGAGCUGGAGGAGGCUGGUGUCAUCAAACUGGACCCCCCGAAGCCCCUGGAGCCGGUCAUCCACUCGGUCAAGUCGCUCACGCAGCCCGUCCAGCAGGUGCCCAAGAUGAACGCCAUGACAACCACAGACACCACCAACGCAGCUCUGGGUCUGCUGCGCAGUGCGGCGGUCGGGGAACAGGCUGCAGCCAUAGUGCAGCAGACGCAGACUACUGAUAGCGCCGUGCCUGGCGGUAUGGCUGUCUUAGGGGGGGACGGGAUGGAGGGGUUGGUCAAAGCUGCGGAGGAGGGAGAGGAAACGGAAGUGUCAGAGAUUGUGGACAACAAGGACGGCUCGUUCAGCGUGGCCUUUAAGGGGCCAAAUAACGAGAUGCAGCACAUCCAGAUUCUCCGGCCGGAGGGCAUGAAGGGGGAUAUGAUGCUGGAGCUGACCAACGUCCAGGGCCGGCGCAGGCACAGCCGCAGCGGUGUGACCACUAAGAGCAACGAGUGCGACAUCUGCGGGAAGGUCUUGAGCAGUUCUACCAAUCUAAUCCGUCACAAAAUGUACCACAGCUCGGAGAGGCCCUUUGUCUGUGAGGUGUGUAACAAAGGCUUCAAAGACGUGAGCAACCUGAAGAAACAUACUCAGAUCCAUAAGCGUAUCUACCCUUGUUUUCUCUGCAAGAAGUCUUUUCUACGCAAGUCCUUGCUGGCGAUUCACUUGAAACGUCACGAGGCGAGAACGACGUUUGUGAAAACAGGCUCCAGCAGUAAGGAGGUGACCAUGCGUACGUUUGUGGAUGGGGACGGAACCAGAGUGGAGGAGAUGAGCAUGGUCGCCCUGGCAGGCCAGACUUUUGAGUACAAGCACCGCAUCAUGAAGGCCGACCCGGCCGAAGUCACUGGCAUCAAGAAAGAGGAGGAUAACAGUUCUGAGUCAGGCGUUGUGGACACGGGGACUACAACGAAUCCCGAGACAGAAGUUUUGACGUCAGCUGCAGACGAGGCCGAGGGGAAGGUGGUGGGGAACUCGAAGCCUUUGUUCACAGUUACUUCAGGAGGUCUGCGUGAGGCAGGGGCUCCCGGAGAGGAGGAGGCGGCGGUGGGCACAAAACCCAACACGGAUGGCACCGAAGGAAUGGACGUGGAUGACCUGCCGGACAUGAAGAUCCCGCCGGUGCCUGAAGAGUUUGUCAAGCUGUACCAGUGCGGUCACUGCGGCAAGAGAACCGUCCAGCGGGGGAACAUGAUGCGUCAUCUCAUCCACCACCUCAAGGACAAGCCGUUUGUGUGCGACGAGUGCCCCAAGCAGUUUGUGGACAAAGGCGAGCUGGUCAAGCACAAGAAGACGCACACCAAGCCGUACCGCUGCCACCAGUGCAACGGCGCCUUCGCCCACAACGUGCAGCUCAUCAAGCACCUGCACAGCGAGUGUUUGGGCAACAGCGAGAACCUCAACUACACCGUCCUGGACGACGGCAAAACCUACAAGUGUGACAUCUGCCACAUUGAGAUGAAGCGCCUGGGAAACAUGAUCAAGCACGUCAGCACCCACUCCUACGACAACAAGAGGUCCUCAUGGCCCCACAGAAGCCUCCAGACUCCAAAAGCGGUAAAAUCGUCGAAUAGUGAACAAGUAUCCCCAGCAACUCAGUCUCCCAAUGCUCUGUACUAUUUUGACGCCACCGAGCAAGCUUUCUUCUGCAGCAUCUGCCUCAAGAUGUUCAAGCAGCGGGCCAACGCACACCGCCACGUCAAAGUCCACAUCAAAGAAAAGCCAUUCCUGUGUCAGAAGUGCAAUAAGGAGUUCCCCAACAGCAAUGCCCUGAAGAAGCAUGUCCUGAUGCACAGACGGCCCUACAGGUGUGACAUGUGCAAGGCCUCCUUCUCCCACAGGCUCCUGCUCGAAGCUCACAAGCGCAAGCACAGCGACAAGGAGAGAGACGAAGAAACGGCAGACUACGGCGUUUUGGAGGAUAAGAGUGGCUACUACUGCAAGCACUGCGACAAGAAAUUGACCAAGAAGUAUCGAAUGAUGAGUCAUAUCCGUUCUCACCUGAACCAGCGACCGUUUGAGUGUCAGAUUUGCAACAAGUGCUUUAGUUGUCAGUAUAUGCUUCAGAAGCACAAGAAAUCACAUGCCACCCCGUUCAUCUGCGACAAAUGCGGCGUCACGUUCUCCCGGAAAUUCUUCUUGAACAUGCACAAAAAGAAAAUGCACUGCUCCGAAGAAGGAAUAGAGGAAGAAGAGACGGGAAUGGAUGGAGAUGGUAAAGAAUUUCUCUGCUCAAUCUGCAAGGCUCCGUUCUCCCGAGUCGUCAUCAAAAUGAACCACGAGAAGAAAUGUCGGGAGGAGAGUAAAGUUCUCAGCAGGCUUCCCUCUGGCAAAGGUUUCAAGUGCAAAAUCUGUAACAAAGUGGCCACGCUGAAACAUAAUCUGAUGGUGCACAUUAGGAAACACGAAGACGCCAUCAGGAUGGAUUCAUCGGGGCGCAUCACUCUACUCACAGGCGCUCUCGGUGAAGACGACAAAAACGGAGGAAAGAAAAGUUUCCCCAGGAGCAUGUCAAUGCUGACCAAACGUUCGCGGUCUCCACGGACACCCAGGAAGAGCCUGAUCUCCCAGAUGAACCAAGAUAUGGAAGGCUCCGACUGGGAGGGCAUGGAAGAGGAGGUUCUAGUGGAAGAGGAACAAGAGAAAGAGUUGGACGAAAGAUGCCAAAGAACGCCGGGUGGAUGGGCGUGUACUAUCUGCCGCAGGAAGUUCACGGAUAAAGACACUCUCUUGAGACACCUGGAGUCACAUGCCACGAAAGAGAACUCGCAGAAAGAAGAGGGUAAGGAGGAGAAUAGUAAUGAGGAGGAGGCGGAAAAGAAGGAAACUCCGGAUGCUGCUCCUGAGGAGUCUACUGAUGAACCUCCCCUUGAGACCAGCAAAACACAGGAAGCUUCUGAUACUCCGCUUCCUAAAGUCGAAAAUGGCAAUACGCCUGCCACAACAGGCACAGCAAAUAAAAAAUUGCGAGUUAGGGGGAAGGCGCCCUUUGCAACGACACCGGCAACGUCACGUCCCGUGAAAGAUCCGAAGUCUUUGAAGAGCAGAGCUGCCGAGACAGCGGCAAAGUCAGAGCUCCAAGAGAGUCCUGGGUCCAGCCAAGAAGGAACUCCUUCCAGGAGUGCACAUCGGCCUUCGAGGACUCAGAAGAUACCGUCACGGUUUCUUGAGUGAAAGGAGGGUUUAGUAUUUUGCAGCAUGUUGAUCUUUGUUUUUUUCAAUCUAAAAAGCUAUGCUACAAAAACAAAUCGUAUUCAUGCACAAGUUUGAUUUUAUUUUUCAGACGGAGGAGGGGUGGUUGUCUUUUAUGUCGUCAAAAGUUUGUUUUGCAUGUAGUAAUUUGGUAGAUAUUCAUAUUUCUUUUUGGUGACAGUUUCAACUCUUCUUCAGUGGGCCAACGAGAUCUGUUCUGUGAAAAGAGAAAGUAAUCUUGCUGUUUGAUUACCAAUUCCCAUUCUUUUGAUACAGUAAAAAAGAGUGUGCUCUUCACAGUGCUGCUGUCCCCAUACUAGUGUAACUUCAUUUCAUGUUCUUUUUAUAGCCCAGUACAUGUAUAACAGUUUGAGAAAGAGUUUUAAGUUGUUACUUUUAUAAAGACAGAUUUUUUCUUUUUGAGAUGAAAUUUCUUCUUGUUCAUGUAGGAUAUAUAGGAAACCUGCUUCUUGUUUUUUAAUGUUUUGUUUUUUAUCGCUAUUUUUUGUUGUUGUUUUGUUAGACUAUACAUGUACAGUGGAGUCCUCGUAAACUAAACACGGUUAAUCCAAAAACAGUGGUAAAUCUAAAGAAAGUAAACUUUCAAAACUGAAAACAUGACUAAAUAGAGAAAAUUUGAAAUUCUCAGAAAUUUUUGUUUUUAAGUGGGCGCUACUGUGCUGUGGUUAGUUUUUAUUAGAUCUAUGUUGUAAAUGUAGAAAGGUCAACAGUCGUAUUCACCUUAGUGUUCCUGUAUUGUAAAGACUGUGGCUGUACUUUUUUUGUCUUUGUUUUUAUUUUUAUGAAAAUAUUGUUAGUAACUGAUCAUAUUCCUCUUGAAAUGGUAUGUUCGGCGCUUUUCACGUCGUACCGUAGCACUAGCAAGGUUGGCUAAAUUGCAUUUAUUUGAUCAAACUGAUAUGUUAUAUUUGUAAACAAUUUUGUAUUCCAGCAAAGAUGUGUGCAAGUCAUGAAGGUUUCUGUGUUUUUGUUUGAUACUCAAUGAUAUACACAUGUACGUCAGUUCUCUCUUCUUUCUAUAAUAUAUAUUUAUCAUGGAGGAGUUCUGUGCACAGGUUAGAGGAUUUUGCGUAAACCUUAAGCUGGUGAUUUUCUCAUCCUUUCUGUGUCACUGAUUAUUGCAUUUAAUCAUGUGUAUGCAAGUGCAAGGAAAUAAAUAAGACACCGUGUUAGUAUUUUAGAAGUUCAUUUGAAAACUGAUGACAUUAUAUUUGUUGCAAUUUCAUAUGCAUGGGGGAGGGGUAAAUAUUUUUAGAAAUUUUAGACGUGUAUUUAGGGGAGUGCGACUUUAUGAAUGAGAGCAGGGGGCAUUAUUUUCAUUUUGUAGAAAGUUUUGCCUUGUACUGUUCUUGUUAGCAUGAUGAACACACCGUACUCGCUGUAGUUAAUGAAUGUACCAUUUUUGCUUGCUUAACCAUUUCAUAUGUAAUAUAUGUUGGGUUUUGCAUGUCUUGAUACAUCAAGAUAUAAAAAAUUGUGCAAUUUCCUGAUGUACCAGGUACCUAAUUCAAUAUAUGUGGCUUUGAAGGGGUAGAAACAUACCUUGUCAAUAGGAAGGAUGUCAAAUGGAUACUCUUCUAUUUACUAUGGAUGAAAUGCACAUUAAUGUAGACUAGUGGUCUUGCCAUUUUGAAGUACAUGCAUGUGUGUACCAUACUUCAUUGUUCAAAGCCCAUGUCAAAGAUAAUGAUGUUCAUUGACUUGAACUGAAAUGAAAUCAGCAUGAUUACAGGGGGGGGGGGGAGAACAAAAAUAAAAAGAAUGCAAACUGUUUAUAAACCAGUGCGGUUUUUCUUAAAAGAUGACACAGAAUGACAUGUUUGGAGAUUUUUACUCUUUUUUUUUUCUUUCUUCUAACUCCACUGUUUGUCCAGUUUAUCUUUAUUUUAAUGAUAAUGUGUUUUUAGUCUGGAGCAUAUUCUUUGUUGACUAGUUAUCAGUUUGUUCAGUUCUAUGUUGUUGGCCAUGCUCUUGUGGACAUGUGUGUAAGUUACCGGUACAGGGUACCACAAGCCACUCUUGUACUUCAACAAGAUAAUACACAGUUACUACUGUGUUACCUUCCAGUAUAAUGUACAUGAGCAAUAAUACAACACAGGUCUCCCAUGUUUUUCUUUACUGCAGGUUACCAAGCUGCAUGAGUAGUGUAUUGGGGUGAGGGGGGGGGGGGGGGGGGGCUACAGAUAGUUUGUACGUUAAGGUUCCUUACUGCUUUAUAAGAAUUGCCUAGAUAUUUUUUUUUAAUUGAAUCUGUUAGAAAUAAAAUACUUCUGUGUUUUAGUGCAGUUAUUUCAAACAAAACGGUUUCAAUUUUAAUUUACUUCAGAUGCCACAAGCAGGAAAGGAAGGAUGUUAAAAAUAAAAUCUACUUCAAUUUCUUUCUGUGUUUUGCGCCUGGAUCGCAUUGAAAGCUCUAGAUGUAACGAUUAAGCUUGAAUUUUAAUAAUAUUUGUUUUAUUCAUUUCACAUGUGUUUCCUUCUUUGUUGCACAUUUUUGUACUGUUUUUCUGUUACAUUGAUAUUUACGAUGGAUCGGUCAGAAUGUAAUUUUUGAAAACAUCUUUAGAAUGUUGGUAUUGAGAAGAAAACAUCCUCUUUUUAAAAAUUUAGUCUGUCUGUUUCUUUGACUCUUGACUUUUCAUGCAGGGGGGGACUCGGUAUCUGAUGGCAUUGGUUUGUAAAAAGAGAUGAUUUCUGUUUUUGUUUUACCAUCACUUAUUAUCAACAGUCAGUGUAUAAAUGUUAUCUAUCAUCAUGUGACAACAACCUCCAUCUUUUCUCACGCCUCUUAUAUCUGGAUCUGAAUUCUGAUGUACUGGGCUGUCCCCGUCGUUUUAUGCAAGAAAAAUUAUGAAAUUAUGCAAACCGAGCCCAAAAA